GAUAAAAACAAAUUUGUACAUCUUUAGAUUGGUAAACCGCUUGCCACGAUCUAUAUCUACCUGCCUAGGAGGCGACUGCGGUUCGAUUCGCCAAAACAGAUGAAAAUUUCCAGUCGGUGGCGUGUCAGUUGGUUUCAUCCGAUCCGUCCUGCCAGUAUGAAUUGUUAACUCUUGGCAACACGGCAUAGAAUUUGUCUCGUACGUUCACCUUUUAGGAAAUAGGUAUCAACUAGAAUUACCUAAAUAUUUAAGUGCUAAACCAAUUGUCAAUUUAAUAAGUGCCAACCAAAAGUGCAAAACGGAUUACCUAAGCUCGGUUUAAAUGGCAUAAAGAAUUCGCCGAAGCUGUUCUAACUGAAUUUCAAUGUAUCUCCUUAUUGACGGCGUGGCAUUUUAAAUGGACACAAAUGGAUAAUCAAGAUUACCAACCAGAUCACGAUAAAGAAAGACGAAAUUCGAACACGGACUAUAUGCCAACAAAAUGCCGAAUAACGAAGCCAUCACCUCCAAAACCUGCCACGAAUCCUUUACAAUUUAUAAAAGUAGCGCCGUGUCCACUCUUCCAAAAAGCACACGAACAGAUAAAAAAAGUCGAGGAAAUAAAAAGAGAAGAAAAAGAAACGAGAUCAGAAAUUGAAGAUUGGCAAACAAAUCUUGAUAAUUGGAAAAGUAGUAGAAGAAAACGCCAGGAACAUAUCAUAGAAAGAGUAGUUGAAGUAAAAAAACUGAAUGAACUAGAAGAAACUGAAAAAAGUAGAAGAAGAAGUAAAACAUUUAGUGAAAUGAUGGAAGAAAGGAGUAAAGGAAGGCACAAGUUUAAUAUCCCCUUAUACGAAGAUGACUCCAAUGAUCUAAGCGAUUAUGGAAUUGGUAGUAGCAGUUCAAAAACAAACAGUGUCAAGGAUGCUGAUACAGACGAUAGUAGCAGCCUUUUAGAUGAAAAAGAUAAUCACAUAUUUGAUUCAUCUAGCAAUAAGGAGAAUUCCAGUGCUUCAAAUCAAAGUCAAAGUGAAGAUGAAACUAAUGCUACCAAAAAUGAUUCCAUAAGUGUGAAUAAUAAUAUUAAUGCAUUCACUAAAACUGAUAUCAGCACCUAUUCUACUAUAUCGAAUUCUCAAAAAAUCAAACCUGUACCUCCAAAUAAGCCCUCUAUAUUCGAAAGCAAGUCUUACUCUGAGCCUAAACAAACAAAACAAUACACUUAUGAAGGAGCUAUUCAAGAUUAUAGAUCACGAAUUCAAACUAUUAACUCAGAUGAUUCCAGCCGAUAUCAAUGUAAGGAACCAGCUGAAGUACUCCUUCCAAAAGGUGAGAUCUUUAAAAGAAAAGGUGUCUUCGAAGGCAGUAACGUAGAAAUGGUGACAGUGGAAUCUUCUUCUGCAAGAAGAUUAUCAGAAGAUUUUGUCAACACUAGAAGUAUCAAAGAUAGACUGAAAAGUUUUGAACAAGCCAUUGAUCAAUCUAUAAGGACAAUAGAUAAGUGUGAUAAUCAAGUUUCUGUUAAACAAAGAUUACAAACAUUCAAUAAACUUGAUGAAACAGAUAACGCGAACAAUAAUCUGAUCAAAACAAACAUUAGCAAAAUUAAUAAUUAUUCAGUAAAUAAAUCAGAUAAUGUCCAUAACUAUACCACAAAAAAAUCUUGGAACAACGAAGACAGAUGUUUCAGUCCUGAUACUGAACUUUACGUAAAUAAACUGAAUAUGUUCAAUAGAGAUCUAGACAAUUUAAUGAUAACCAAAUCAUUGGAAGAACAUUAUCCUCCUUCAAUAUCUUCCACUGAAUUAACAUGUAUUUCUUCCGACAGAGAGGAUAGUGGUAUCCAUACUGGAGAUGUUUCUUGCUCUGUCAGCCAAGCUGAUGAAUCAGUAGAUGUAGAAAUAGCUUCCAAUAUUAACGAUAGACUGAAUGAAGAUACACAAUUUGAAAGAGAACUUCAACAAUUCCAGGCAGAUAUUGAACAGUUCAAUCCUUUAGAUAAAAAAGAAGACAAUAAUUGUAAAAAAUAUCAAGCUAUUGAAAAAACUGAUGAUAGGAAUGAUAUCCCUAGUUUUAAAGAAAUGAUUCUUCUUACUGAACAGUUCUUAGAAAAUUCUAGAAAAGAUGCAUUCGAAAAUUCAGCUCCUCUUAAAUCAAUAAAUCAUGUUGGAAAUGAAUUAUCUUUACCAGUAACCAAACCAAAGCCUGUAAUAUAUGAAAACGUUGAUAUAAAAAAAUUUAGUCCUGCGUUGGAUUUCAUUACCAGUGAUUUCAUAGUUGAUACUGCAUUUCCAGACUUUAGUCCUCCUCCAUUAGAACCCCCAAAAGUCAAACCUCCUCCUCCCCCUCCGCCCUCACAAAAAGAGGAAGAAGAUGUAAUGCCAGAUCCUAUUAUAAAACGCGCCAACUCUACAAAAAGAAUAAAGCAAGAACUUAAUAUUAAGAGAUCUAGUUUCCUUGGAUUAGAUGAACCAACAGAAAACACAGAUAUGUUACUAGAAAAAUCUCCAAAUUUAAACUUCUUUUCUGGAGAACAAAAAAUUGACAAACCCAUAACUAGAAAGUUUUCUGAAGGAAUACUUAGUAAAGUUGAAAGUCAGGAUUCUGGUCUCGAUUUGGAUAGAGGAAGGCUGUCUAGUGAUACUUGGUGUAGUAGUGUUCCAAGUCACGAAAGGCAAGCUAGUGAGUUAACCAACAGUAUUACCUCAGAAGAAGAUGAAAUAACCAAAAAAGAAAGAGAGAUUAUUGAGCUUGUAGAAAAGGAAGAGCAGUAUCGUGAUAUUGUAGAUUACAUCACAAAGGAACCUUCAACUAAAUCAUUCAAUUCUGAAAAAGUAUCUGCAUAUGAACCUUCAUUGGGUAGUGAACAGUUUGACAAUCCUUACUUUGACACACAACCAACAGACUUUUUAGAUCAAGACUCGGAAGUUCUAAAAGUAGAGCAAGAACUUCGCCAAUUAGAACUUGAAGAAUUAGAACGACAACGUGAAAAUAUGUUAUUUCGUGAAAGCAGGGCAAAAGCCCAUCUUCACAAUAGACAUUCUUUAGAAAACCUUGCCGACAAUAUGUAUCCAUGCCUUUUAUACGAAAAUCAUGUGGAUUGUCGAAAAUCGAUGCCUGAAUUAGCCAUUCAGAAUGCAUCUAUUGAUUAUGGCCGUUCUGUUCCAUUAAAUCAAAACUAUGAAUAUGAGAACGUUCGAGAUCUGGAAUCCAAGGGAUAUUUUCCAUUCAGAGGUUAUGUUCAUGGUAACUUUGAAACUCAUAUCGAUAAUAGGAAGUCAAUGCCCGAUCUACAAGAAUCGUACAAUAAGUCAAGCCCGGAACGCUACAGAUCGUUAAAUGACCCCAAUGCACGAAUAUCUUUGGAACAUCGAAAAUCCAUGCCAGAAUUACAACUAGAACCACACACGUCUGCUUUUAAAGCACCUGAAAGACCUUCAAUCAUUCCAGCUAAACCAUUAAGAGCUAAAGAUUGGACUUUAUAUGAACAACAGAUAGCCCAACCCGUACCUAGACAAUUAAGUGCUGUUCAUAAAAGAGAUAAGUGGCUGCAGCCUAAAGCAAAUAGCGAUGGAAGAAAUUUCAAUCAACAUUGGUUGAUUCAAGAAGCUGAGCUGAGGCGUAUAUCAGAUCAGCAAAGAAAUUUGUCAUCAAACGCAAACAAUCAACAACAAAGAUCAAGAAUACCUAUGAGAAUACCUAACGAUAAGUUACAACAUCCAGUAGAACAACGUUUAGAACAAGGUUUUAAAGAAGAUUACAUUCAACAAACAAUAAGGAAACAUACACAGUCUAUCAAUCAUGCAUUACCAACUGUAGCAUAUUCUCCCCCAGCAGUGCGUAAGGAGUCUCAUGACAGAAUAUUAAGUGUCAGUGGAAAGAAAAAAUGUUCAUAUUGCGGAAAUGAACUAGGACGUGGAGCUGCUAUGAUCGUGGAGAGCCUGUGCCUUUUUUACCACAUGGACUGUUUCAAAUGCUGUGUUUGCCACGUCAGAUUGGGUGAUGGCAAGAUGGGAACUGACGUGAAAGUACGCAAUCAAAAAUUACACUGUCACAACUGCUAUUCCAGUGACGACGGUGUCAAAUUUAGUUGUGUUUAAUGUAUAAGCAUAUUUUUGUUGUAAAUAUAAUUUAUAUAUGAUAUUUUGUUCUGUAUAUUAUAUAGUGGUUAGUUUGUAAUUAAAUUCUAUUCGUGGUUAAAUCACUGUGUUAAAAAUAAUGCUUCAGUUGUUAGGUAAAUUUUGUUAACUGCUCCUUAUUUUUAUUGCCGCAAUGAAGACAUAAGUGUUUUGUUUCCAGUAAUUUCAAAAUAUUUUAAAUAAUUGUAACAAUACAUACCUAAUUUGUUAAUUCAAUCUCUAAAAAUUUUGAGAAUUUACAAAAAUGACCUUGGCAUUGACUAUUUGCGUUAACAUAUGUGCACGCCAAAUUAACUGUAUAGGUACAGCAGCACUUACAUUUUGUGGAGUCAAAAUGCCUUCAUCGUGCUAGGUGUGUGGGCAUACUAGGUUAUUAAAUUUAAAUUGAGAAAAAUCACAUAUCGAAAUAUAGUUGAGAAUAUCUAAAGAAUUUAACAAAGUCUAUCUAUUUAAAAUUUAUUCAUAUUACAAUUACAUAUACAUAUUACAAUUUAACAAAUUUUGUAUUGAUAAUAUGUUCCAAAGUACAUAGUGACUUUGUGCAUUGGACUGAAGCAACAACAUUGAAUCUGUUGGAAUACCUGGAAAUAAAGCUCACAAAUAUGAAUAAACAUCAUAUAGCACAUAUUUGUAUGACAUUGCACACCAGCAGUGACCAGCAACUUUUUCAGUAUUACAUAUGUUCUUUCUUAGUCUUGACAAUAAUCAUGCCUUUGGUCCUUUCUUGGUAGCAGAUUCCUAUAAUGUCUGCCUAUCUUUAAACAAUUCAUUAUGACUUCCUACAUCUAGAGACAUUAUCUUUCAAAUAAACAUGUAUUCCAAUAAAUUUUCACAAAGCUUUCACCAAAAAGCAAUAGGAACACGAGGUCUCAAAAUGAAAACAGUACAUAGUUUGAGGCAACAAUAACAUGUCAGUUUUGGAUUUAAUUUGCAAAAAUAAUUAAGAUGCCUAAUAUCCAACCUAUGUAUUUAAAAUGGGUAUCUAUUCGUUAAGAUGUAAUCCAUUAAUAGGAAUGAACUGUAGAUUUGACAGAAAUCCAUAUCAACUAACACAGUGGUUUUUUGGGGGGGUGGGGGUGAUCAUAACAAUUUUAUUGUUUUGAUAGAUUAGAGUAAGCUUAUUUGACAAAAACUCGUAAGCAUAUGUUUUGAUUAUAAUUAGUUGUUAAAUAAUUUAUUGAUAAAGUAAAUGAUUUUGUAGUCAUGAAGUAGGAGAUACAUCUGGAGUAGCUACUACAUCCAAAAAUAAAAACCAGAACCAUUUAUAUCAUUAUGUCAUAGUUGUAUAUGUAUUUUGGAAGAUUUUUUGCUAAUCUUAAGAGAAAUUUUUUGUUUUUGAUUUUUAAUAAUUAUUAUUGAUGAUGUUUCAAAAGAUUUUCAGUUUUUUUUUUCGAUUCGAAACACUCCUGAAACUUCUUAUAAAACAAUUUCCUUGCGGUCAUUUUACAUAAGAUUAGGAUUUUGGAAUGAUAUUGCUAUUGCUCUAACUAAAAAUUAAGAUUUAACAGUUUUUUACCAGUGGUAAAUCGAGCCGUUGUUGAAAAUAAUUUUGCUCCAGUUAAUUGGCAAUAAUUUUUGGACUUUUUUAAGGAAGUGAUAAUUUUUGAAUAUAGGAAUAUAUUGGAUAAUAUAAAUUCCAAUUUCUUUAUCGUUAAUUGUUUAUGGAUAUAUCAACAUACCAAAUUAUUAUUGUAUAGGUAACUUUACUGACAAUUUUUACUUAUAUUAUAUGAAUCUGUAUAAAAUAUUAACUUCAAUAAAGGAUUCUAUUAACAA